GCCGGGGGCUGUGCGCAGCGGGGCUCUGCCGGCCGGGGCCCGCCCGCUGGUCAGCGCCCUCAUGUUCUCCGCCGGGCUCCUGGGCAACCUCCUGGCCCUGGGGCUGCUGCUGCGCUGCCGCCGCGGCCCCCGCGCCCGCCCGCCUUCCCUCUUCCACGUCCUGGUGCUGGCCCUGGUGGUCACCGACCUGCUGGGCACCUGCUCCGUCAGCCCCUUCGUCCUGGCCUCCUAUCACCGCAACUGCACCCUGACCGCCCUGGCCCAAGGAGGACACAUCUGCCUCUACUUCGGCUUCGCCAUGAGCUUCUUCGCCCUCGCCACCAUGCUCAUCCUCUUCGCCAUGGCGCUGGAGCGAUGCCUGGCCCUGGGGUGGCCUUACUUCUACGAGCGCUUUCUCAGCCCCCGCACGGGCUUGGUUGCCCUGCCCGCCAUCUACGCCUUCUCCAUGGCCUUCUGCUCCUUGCCGCUGGUGGGCUUUGGGCGGUACGUGCAGUAUUGCCCCGGCACGUGGUGCUUCAUCCAGAUGCACCUGGACUACCUCCAGCAAAACGGCAGCAGGGAGGUGUCCAGGUUGGACGUCACCUUCUCGCUGCUCUACGCCACCCUGCUCCUCUUCCUCAUCCUCUCCGUGCUGCUCUGCAACCUCAGUGUCAUUGCCAACCUGGCCCGCAUGCACCGCCGUGGGCAGAAGACCCGCCGGCUGGCCACGCUCGAGCAGCCCCGGGUGGCCGGCGGCUGCGGCCGGCACAUGUUCUCCAUGGCCGAGGAGAUCGACCAUCUCCUUCUCCUCUCCAUCAUGACCAUCACCUUCGUCAUCUGCUCCCUGCCGUUCACAAUCCGCGCCUACGUGAACAAAUUCAGCGAGGAAGAGGACAACCACGACUGGGACCUCCUAGCCCUGAGGUUUCUCUCUAUUAAUUCCAUCAUCGACCCUUGGGUCUUCGCCAUCCUGAGGCCGCCGGUCCUGCGGUUCAUGCGCUCUGUGCUGUGCUGCCAGAUGACCCCCGCGAGCCAGGACAGACAGACCUCGUCCCCCGCGAAGAAAAAACUGGCAGCACAGCUGGGCCCCUGUGGGCAGUAG